AUGCGCAGAGCGAAUGAGGCCAUAGUGCGAGAAAGGCACCCUAUUCCUGUUAUCGAUGAAAUAUUGGAGGACCUGAAUGGAGCCACUGUAUUCUCAAAACUUGAUCUGAAGUGGGGAUACCAUCAAAUAGAGCUGGAGCCAGAGUCCAGGUCACUCACCACUUUUGUAACACACACAGGACUAUGGAGGUAUAAGAGACUGAUGUUCGGUAUCUCAUCUGCACCUGAGACAUACCAACACAUCAUUGGACAAGUUCUACAAGGCAUCCCUGGUGUGCACAACAUAUCGGAUGACAUCAUUGUUUCAGGAGAAACCAUACAGCAACAUGAUGAGAGGCUACAUCAAGUACUGCAACGACUGCAAGAGAGGCAACUGACAGUCAACAGCAAAAAGUGUCAAUUCCGAAUGUCACAACUGGAAUUCAUGGGGCAUGUGUUGUCCAAAAACGGAAUAGGAGCAGCUCAGUCUAAGAUCGAGGCGGUGGAGAAUACACGUCGACCAACGAAUGCUGCUGAGGUGAGAAGCUUUUUAGGGCUCGUGAACUAUUGUGGAAGGUUCAUCCCUAAUUUAGCCACGACAUCAGAACCACUGAGGAGGCUCACGAGGCAAUCCUGCAAAUGGACAUGGGGAUCAGAGCAGGAAACGGCUUUUCUGGAGUUGAAGAGACAGCUGGCCAGUUCACAUGUAAUGGCAUAUUCCAAACAAGAUGCAGAGACACAUGUGGUGGUGGAUGCUAGUCCAGUGGGAUUAGGAGCAAUACUGAGCCAGAAACAAAAUGAUGGAGCAUACAAACCUGUCUACUAUGCUAGCAGAGCCUUGUCUGAUGUAGAGCGUCGCUAUUCUCAAACUGAAAGAGAAGCGCUCGCUAUUGUGUGGGCAUGUGAGAAAUUUCAUGUAUUUCUCUAUGGAAAAGACUUUGUGCUAGUCACUGACCAUAAACCUCUGGAGACGAUCUACUCACCCAAGUCUAAACCUCCAGCCAGGAUAGAAAGAUGGGCAUUGCGGCUGCAGCCCUAUCGCUUUAAGGUCGUGUAUAAGCCAGGCCCACAGAACGCAGCUGAUUCGCUAUCACGCCUCACAGUCAACCAGCCAGUUCAGAAAGGAACCAUGGAGGACCACGUUUACUGGGUGGCUCAACAUGCAGUGCCACAUGCUUUCAGACCACGACAAAUGGAGGAAUUGUCGGCAGCAGACCCCACUCUAGUUACUGUUCGGAGCUGUAUCAAGACCGGUGACUGGAGUAAAUGUGAACCCGUUUAUCAGACAGUUAAAACUGAGCUUUCCACUGUAGGGAAAAUAGUGUUGAGGGGUUCUAGAAUUGUUGUUCCUCAGGCUGCACGACGACAGACGCUAAUGUUAGCACAUGAAGGUCACCAAGGGAUCGUAAAAACAAAACAGAGACUGAGAACAAAAGUGUGGUGGCCAGGAAUUGAUAAAGAGGCAGAGGAGAUAGUGAGGUCAUGUCAUGCAUGCCAAAUCAACAGUCCGACUUCACAGGAGGUUCCUACCACUAGGACAGAGCUCCCAGCAAGACCAUGGCAGAUGCUUGCAGUGGACUUGUGUGGACCGUUUCCAUCAGGUCACCAUCUGCUGGUACUAACUGACUAUUACUCCAGGUGGGUGAGUGUUGAUAUCCUUCAGAACCCCACCUCUAUGAACAUUAUAAAUCGUAUGAGACACUUAUUUGCAACACACGGACUCCCAGAAUGCAUUGUGACAGAUAACGGUACUCCAUUUGUGUCAAAGGAGUUCAAAACAUAUCUUCAGGAACACGGAAUCACACAUCGCCGUGUCACGCCAUACUGGCCUCAGGCAAAUGGUGAAGUUGAAAGGCAGAACAGAACACUUUGUAAGGCCAUACGUGCAGCUCACGCUGAAGGAAAAGAUUGGCGCACUGAGUUGGACGUAUUUCUUCUGGCUUAUCGCAGCACCCCUCACUGUGUCACAGGUCGCAGUCCGGCCGAACUACUAUUCAACCGCCAGAUCAAAACCAAACUUCCUGAACUGUCAGAAUCACAGCUGCAACCUACACUACAGGAUGCUGCUGUUCGUAAGGCUGAUGCUGUGAAGAAGGAGAAGGGACGUGUAAAUGCAAACAGAGUCAGAAGAGCAAAAGAAAGCACAUUGAAACAGGGCGACAAAGUACUGGUACGACAGCAGAAGCAAAACAAACUUUCAACACCAUAUGAACGUCACCCCUACACAGUGAUAAGUCGAAAAGGUCAAUCAGUCAUUAUUGAAAAGGAUGGCAAGAAGAUGAUGCGUCAUGUAUCGUUUGUGAAGCUAUGGGUUGAGCCUGAAAAAGACACUCCUGAGCCAAAUAGUGUAUCUGCUGAGACAGAGCCUGAUGACACCUCCCAGCAGGACUGCAGACCUCAAAGAACCAGGAGAUCGCCAACUCAUCUCACAGACUUUGUGACUUAG